AUGGAGCUCUUUCGCCGCACUACUUACCUCCCGGCAGCAGCGCCACCAGGUACCUCCUCCUUACCUGACUCUCCUUUUUACCCGCCGCACGCACCCACGCACGUGCCACAGACCAGAGGCCACACAUGUGCGCCUUCUCCGCGUUGGCCGCCAAAUGCAUCCACGCAUCCAACUCACGGCGGCGGCGGUGCAAAGCAGGCAGUGGUCGGGGCACUGGGCACCAGCAGCAGCAGCAGCAGCACCGGUGCUGCACGAGCCCUUGCUGCAGCUACGAGUGCCGAGCAGCAGGGAAAUGGCAACACCACCACCACCACCAAGGCGGCGCCGGUGGGCCGUGGGUGGCGGGUGCUGUUCUUUGGCUCUGAUGAGAUCUCGCUGGCCACCCUGGACCUCCUCCUUCGCCAUCACCUAUCACCACCAGCAGCACCAGCACCACCACCAGCAGGUGCUGAUGCGUUGGGAGCGCCGCCGCCGCCGCCGCCGCGGUUAUUGCCGGUGGGCGUGGAGGCGUUGGAGGUCGUCACGGGCGUCGACAAAGUGACGAGCGCCAGGAGCGUGCCGGUGAAGCAGUUUGCGCUGCGUACGGGCCUCCCCCUGCACCAGCCGCCCCGCCUCAAGGAGUGGGCGGUGCCGCUCACAAAGGACGGGCACGCGUUCGACAUCGGCGUGGUGGUGUCCUUCGGCCACUUCAUCCCCCCAUCCGUCCUCGACGCGCUGCCCUGGGGCGCCAUCAACAUGCACCCGUCCCUCCUCCCCAGGCACACCUACCCCCCCCUCCCCCAAUCCAUCCAUCCCCCAACCAACCAACCAGCCAGCCAGCCAGCCAGCCAAUGA